AUGAAGUUGACGACCCUUCUCAGCAUAGCCUUGAGCUACCAUACGGCUUUAGUCGGAGCUUGUGGCGGCCAUGGCCAGGAACUAAAGCAUUGGAGCCAAGAGGAACUCGAUGACUUGGAGCGGAAAUGGGGAGUCGAGUGGGGAUUCACUGGAAUUGGCUCUUUUGCUCACCUAAAAUAUGUCAAGUGCCUGACGACUCCUAGCGAGUUGUUUGAUAUUGCCAUUAUUGGCGCGCCUUUUGAUACUGCCGUCAGCUAUCGUCCUGGCGCCCGUUUCGGACCUCGCGCAAUCCGUCACGCCAGCUCGCGGCAGACGUCCUUUCGAGGUUUCAACCCGCGUGCCAAUAUCAACCCGUAUCAGAACUGGGCUACCAUCUUGGAUUGUGGCGAUAUCCCCGUUGUACCUAUUGAUAAUGCCGUUGCCCUGGAGCAAAUGACGGCUGCCUUUACCGAACUCGGCUCUCGCCCACCCGUCUCGCAGGUGCAUAGCAAGCCCAAGCUAAUCACGCUCGGCGGCGACCACAGCUUGGCCCUGCCGGCCCUGCGAGCGCUGAGGCCGUACUAUCCCAAUCUCCGGGUUCUGCACUUUGACGCCCAUCUCGAUACGUGGCACCCGGCCAAGUACCCGUCAGCGUGGGAGAGCAAGCAAGCGCAUUUCAACCACGGCUCCAUGUUCUGGCUUGCGGGCAACGAGGGGCUCGUGUCCAACGUGACAUCCAAGCCCAACGUGCACGCCGGCCUGCGUACGCGGCUCUCGGGCGACGACUACAGCGACUACGACGAUGAUACAGCGCAGAACUGGGUACGCAUCAGCGCCGACGACAUGGACGACCUGGGCACUGCCGGCGUCGUCCGCUCCAUCAUGGAGACCCUGGGCACCGAGGAUCCCGUCUAUCUCAGCCUCGAUAUUGACGUGCUCGACCCGGCCUUUGCUCCCGGCACCGGCACACCCGAGCCCGGCGGCUGGACGACUCGCGAGCUUAUUCGCGUCCUCCGCGGUAUUGAGGGUCUCAACCUCGUCGGUGCCGAUGUUGUCGAAGUCAGCCCUGCGUACCAGGGCGCUGGAGAGGAGACGGCGCUUGCCGGCGCCCAGGUCGUGUUCGAGGUCCUGAGCAGCAUGGUCAAGAAGGGUCGUGAAGGUAUGGCGAGAAUUGCCGAGACCAAGGAUGAAGAACACGACGAGCUGUGA